UGUUUAUAAAAUGGCGGACUUUAAUAAAGAGAGGGCCAAGAAUGAAAUUGCCGAAUCUUUAUCUCUGAGUACAUUUUGUAUGCAGCGAAUUGGUUUUUCAUUUAAUAGGACGAAUCGUUUCGUGUCCUAUUAUACCCAGAAACUUAUGUUUAUAUUAUCUGUGUGUGGUAUAUGUUACCACGUGUUUAGUGAAAUGGUAUUCAUUGGGUUGACUUUAUGGAACUCUCCUCGAGUGGAAAAUGUUGUACCUUUGUUACAUACAUUUGGCUAUGGAGCAUUAAGUAUUACUAAAGUAUUUGUACUGUGGUACAAAAAGGAUGUUUUUGGUCAACUAUUGAAUGAAUUGGCCGACAUCUGGCCGAUGUCACCCCUUGAGGAAGAUGCACAGAAUAUUAAAAAUAAAAGUCUAUCGGCUCUACGAAUAGCACAUCAGUGGUAUUUCUGGUUGAAUGUAUCUGGCGUAUGGUUCUACAACCUAACGCCGAUCGGAGUAUACUUCUUUCGUAUAUGGCGGGGUCAACAUGCGGAAAUUGGUUUCGUCUGGAUGUCAUGGUAUCCUUUCGAUAAACAACAACCAAUCGCCCACAUUGCGGUAUACAUAUUUGAAAUGUUCGCUGGUCAAACCUGUGUAUGGAUAAUGAUCUGCACAGACCUGUUGUUCUCUGGAAUGGCGAGUCACAUAGGAAUGUUACUCCGUCUAUUGCAGCGUCGUUUGGAGACACUGGCCAUCGUCUGCAGAACAGACGAUGAAUACUACAAGGAAAUUCUAUCUAAUAUAAAGCUACAUCAGCAAUUAAUAAGAUACUGCAACAAUUUAGAAGAAGCAUUCUCUGUCGUCAAUCUGAUAAACAUCGUUCUUAGUUCUAUUAACAUCUGUUGCGUGGUUUUUGUCAUUGUGUUGUUGGAGCCGUUUAUGGCUGUAAGCAAUAAAUUAUUUUUAGGUUCGGCUUUAAUUCAAAUAGGUGUAUUAUGUUGGUACGCCGACGAUAUUUAUCAUGCGAAUGCAAAAGUCGCGUCAUCCGCUUAUAAUAGUUUCUGGUAUAAAACCAGCCCACGUUGCCGCCGCACCCUGCUUUUUCUUAUAAAGAGGUCACAAAAGCCGAUAGCUUUUACUGCGAUGAAAUUCACAAACAUCUCGCUGGUGACAUACUCAGCGAUUCUAACAAGAUCAUAUUCGUACUUCGCGCUUCUUUACACAAUGUAUAGAGAUAAUUAAAAAAUAAUUUAUAUUUCAAUUCACGCAAAUAUUAUAAAUACCUAUGCGAAAUAUUUAGAAUUCUUAACGAACU